GAGCAGUACACGUGCUUGUGGCAAAAUGUAAACAAACGGCACACGGCGCGCGUGAACCAAUCUGUGUAGUGUUUGGAAUGUUUUUGGUGCGCUGUUUUCCAGUUUCCAGCUUUGUUCCACCGUAAAAAAUCAUGGCAAACCGACGGGCACCGUUCAAGCAAGGCCGCAAAGGUGGCAAAAAGCAACCGUACAUGAGCAAAGACAUGAAGAAGAAGCUAAAAAAGGAGCUAGCGAACCGGCCACCGAAGACAAAGUACCAGCGAAGCCUGAAACACAUCGAGCGGGGCCAGGAAGCGAUCCAGGCACAGAAGCGGCAGAUCGAGGCGGAACGAAAGUAUCGCCAGACAGCGAACAGUAGCACGAUCGGGUACGCGUCCAGCGAUUCAGACGAGUCGGAUGGUGAUGGUGCGGAAGCGAAGGGCACGUUUGAAGAUUUGGCGGCAGAAUUCAACGACCAGAUUGGGCAGGUGAUUGAUAGUGAGAGUGAUGAGAGCGAUGAAUCAGCCAUGGAUUCUGAGGCGGAAGAGAUGGUGGACGAGGAAGAGCUAGAAGGGGACGAGCUAGAGGAGCCGGAAGAGCUGGAACAGAUGGAAGAAAGUGAUGGUGGGCCGGAGGCAUCAAACUCGGAAGAUGACGAUGCGGAAGAAGCGGAAACGGCUGAUGAGGAGAGCGAUGAGGAUGAGGCACUGUUACCGGAUGAGGAAGACCUAUCGUCCGACGAGGAUGAGGAAACAUCGAACGAUCCGUACCUGCUGCACACCGCACACAAUCUAAGUCCCGCGAUGGUGGAAGCGCUCGCAGCGGAACCACCACGCAUCGAAUCGUCCACCAUGUCGUUUGGCAGUUUGGGCAACGUGUACGUCGAGCUGCCGAAAUGUCGCAACACAGGAUCGAACCGGUCGUCCGAUGCGAAGGGAAUCUUUGCGAAGGAACGGUACGCUAAGCCGGGCACACUGCCCACCGUACCGGAAGUGUCCGAUGAGGAUACGAUCGAUUGGACCGAGCUGCACGUAAAGGAUCGGAUUGUGCGCAACAUGACCGAGGAGAUGGAUGCGCUGCAGCGGGACACGUUUGCGAUACUGAACGGGUAUCAGGAUUUGCACUAUCCGCAGAGAAGCUUCGAGAAUGCGGAUCGGUUGCGGUACGUUUACUGUCUGCACGCGCUUAAUCACGUGCUGAAGGCGGUAAGCAAGAUACAGCAUCAUACGAUCAAGCUGACGACCAACAAAGCGGCUGGCAAGAAGAAACCCGCCGAAGAUCAGUUCCGCCGACGGUUGAAGGAAAAGAAGCAGGUGAAGGUGGGUGAGGAACCGGCGGUUGGGGAUGAGUUCAGGGAUCAGGGAUUCGUCCGCCCGAAGGUGCUGAUCGUCGUGCCGUUCCGGGAGUCAGCGCUGCAGUGUGUCACGAUACUGAAGCGAUUGUUUGCUGGUGAGCAGGAGAAAAGCGUCAUGAACUGGAAACGUUUCACCGAGGAGUAUGGUGGCGGAUCGUCGUUACAUUUUCCCCGCCGGAAUCCGAAGCCCGCAGAUUAUGAGCGCACGUUCGCAGGCAACAUUGACGACAACUUCCGGCUCGGUAUCGCGUUUAACCGGUCGACGAUGAAGCUGUACGCGAAAUACUACUCGUCGGACGUGAUCAUCGCCUCGCCGCUCGGUCUCCGGAUGGCAAUCGGAGCGAAGGGUGAGAAGCACCGAGAUUACGAUUUUCUCGCCAGCAUCGAGCUGCUCAUCAUCGACCAGGCGGAGGUGUGCUACGCCCAGAACUGGGACCACGUGCUGCACGUGAUGGAACAUCUCCACCAUCAACCCAAAAGUACCGAAUACACGGAGUUUUCGCGUGUACGCGAAUGGUGUCUGAAUGGAUGGUCCAAAUUCUACCGUCAGACGGUACUUCUGUCCGCGUUCGAGCUACCCGAGUUCCGGUGGCUGUUCAACAAACAUUUCCACAACUACCGUGGCAAGGUGCGCUCCUGCAAACGCACACUAACCGGCACAAUCAAGCAUGUGGUGGUGCGCGUUCCACAAAACUUCCAGCGCGUCGAAACGACCACCCUAGACGGUGCCGGGGCAGCUCGCUUUUCCCACUUCCUGAACGUGGUGCUACCCCAAGCCCGGACCGUCUCGAUGGCACGCUGUAUGAUCUACGUACCGAGCUACUUCGACUUUAUCCGGUUGCGGAAUCACUUCAAGAAGGAAGAGCUUAGCUUCACGCAAAUCUGCGAGUACACAACGGAUGCGAAGAUCGCUCGCGCCCGGGAUAUGUUCUACCACGGCAGCAAACACUUUCUGCUGUACUCCGAACGGGCACACUACUUCCGGCGCCACCGGAUACGAGGCGUUCGGCAUCUGAUCCUGUACGCACCACCCGUCUUUCCACACUUUUACCCCGAGCUGGUGAACCUGAUGAUGAAAGAGCAUCAGAACCCACACGACGGGGUGGACGAUGAGUCGAUGACGGUCACGGUACUGUACACCGCGUACGAUACGUACCAGCUGGCCGAAAUGGUCGGUGCACCGCGAGCGAAGGCGAUGAUCAAAGCACCCCGUUCGGUACAUCGCUUUACGACCGACCAGAAGUAAAGGACGAUUACGCUUUGUAACUCAACCAAAAAGUGUGACCAGCUAGCUAAUAAAAUGAAGUUGUGAAGCUAAAGACUUUGUUUUCGGCUAGCCUUACAAAAGGGA